AUGGGUGUCACAGAAGGCAAUCGCCUUUCGCAUCGGGAAGUUCAAGGCGCGUUCUUCGAAUUCUCGCGCAAGGCCGGCAUCGACGUUCUACUCUCGCCCGUGGUGGGGCAUCUAACCGUUCUGCCCCUACAACCACCCCACGCCUUCAACAACAUGCUCUCCUUCGCCAGUCUGGCCAAUCUGUUGGGUAUACUCACAGGUUUCCUGCCCUCGGACCUACAUGUUGAGCAAAAUGAUCUGGAGAAGUUAGGACACACCUGUGCCGGCUCUCUCGUCAUCCCAGAUGCUGUUGACAAGGAUGAAGCAGCCUACUACGACGACUAUGGCAGCCGAUCUCCCACACAUUACUAUCAGUUUCCUGUGAGUCCUGCCGCUCUAGGCCGUUGCGUUCUAUACAUUUGUUUGCAAGAAUGUGUCAACCUAUUUUUACGAAUUAAGGAGUACACUGGCACACUCAACAGAGCCAUGGACAUUCAUCCCGCUUUCCAGGUCGUACGCCGAUGGCUUGAAUCAGUUUGA